UCCACAUCUCGGGAAAGGUCGCCUGCCCACUCUGACUCUCUCCACUAGAGCAGGACGAGGGCUAAGAAAGAAGAAUAACACGAUGUGUUUUGGAAAGUGUGCACGGUGCAUUGGUGCUACACUGAUACCUUUGGCUGUUCUGGCUGUUGCGGCUAACAUUUUGCUCUAUUUCCCAAAUGGUGAGACAAAGUAUGCAGAGAGAAACCAGCUCACCAGUUUGGUGUGGCUCUUCGAAGGAAUCAUUGGGGCAGGCAUAUUGAUGAUUUUGCCUAUCGUGGUAUUUAUUAGCCUUGAGCAUGAUGAUUGCUGCGGUUGCUGUGGGAACCAGGACUGUGGCAAAAGCUGUGCAAUGUUAUCUUCUGUUCUGGUGGCUCUGAUUGGGAUCGCCGGUGCUGGGUACUGUGUCAUCGUUUCCGCUCUGGGUUUAGCACAAGGCCCGUACUGUCUCACUGACUCGGGAUGGGAAUACCCCUUCAACGACACCAAUGGAAGGACUCAAGUUGCAACAACGUUGAAGUCGAUAUGUACGAGUUUACAGGUUAGAGCGUCGCCACUUGGUGUCGGAAUGGAAGAGGGUGCGAACUGCUCUGCACUGCAAGUCCUUGCUGCUGCUGUCUUCUUGUCCGAAAUCAAGCCCCUAGAUUUCCUCAGACUCUCCUCCCACUUUCCGUUCAACAGAGUCCCGCCAGGCUUCUGGUUAAAGUCCAAGGAACUUCAGAUACUUUAAUUUAUUCUUAAAUAUUUGAUAGUGCUGUGCAUAUGGUUUUCUAUCUGCACCCAAAGUAGUGCUGCACACUGUUGUGAAAACGGGAAACGGUUAUAAUAAUGAACACCCAGCCUUUUCAGGGCAUCUAAUUGGAUAGGUCAAUGAGUUGAAAAUUUUUCAAUUCACAACAGUCGUUUGUACAUAUAUAGCAGGAGUUCCCAACCUUUCUUAUGCCACGGAUUCCUACCAUUACCGGGAGGGGUCUGUGGACCCCGGGUUGGCAACGUCUGCCUUAUAAACACUUUGUGGCAUUUUUCUAUAUGUCUAUAUGUUGUGGUUUGUUUCGUUCCAUUUUAUUAAUUGCUAUUCAUAGUUGCCAUGGAUAUUUUGAUAAUGCUUGUGUUCCAUAGGCUGUUGCUUGGUAAUCAGCUGAAUUGCUGGGUUGGAAGAAUUUGAAAGACCACCUGCCAUAAUCACUGGAGCUUUGAAUUAUUAUUAGAUCAAGGUCGAUCUGUAUCUAUCUGCCUCAGUUCCAUUACCUUUAAUAUUCUUGCCUAACAAAGCCCUAUUAAUCUCUGUUUGGGGAUGGUAAAUUGGCGGCAACCUCAACAGCUUUCACGGGGUUGGUCAUCAGACUAAAAACAAGCUGUUGGGCGAAGGAGCAGUCAACGUUUCAGGCUCAGACCCUGCAUCCGAAAACAUUGACUAUCCUUUCGCCUCCACAGAUGCUGCUUGACCUGUUGAGUUCAUCCAGCACUUAGCUUUUUACGAAAAAUCCCCCUCAUCCAUUUUCUCCAAAACACUCACUACUAUACUUUGGGAGCUGGUUUCGUACUAAAGAGGAGCUUUUCUUUCCGACAUUACGUUUGGCUGAUGGGAGUGGAGGCUGAUUUAAAAACCAACCAGUUGGUGCUGUCCCAGUUUACAUGGUGCUUGAUGCUGUAGAGAUGUAAACCAGGGUCUGAAUUCUGCAAACCUAACUGUUGAAUAAUGGAAAAAUCAGGCAAUAAAAAGCAGCCUGGAAGCAUCAGUUUUAUCCAGGAGUUAAACCCUGUGCAACUCACACAAAAUGCUGCAUAUAUGGAGGGGAAUAAACAUUCCGGGCCUCGGUCUGAAACAUUGACAGCGUGAGACCUGAUGAAGUGUCUCAGUCUGAAACGUCGACUAUUUAUUCCCCUCCAUAGAUGCUGCCUGUUCUGCCGAGUUCCUCCAGCAUCUUGUGUGGGGUGCUCAAUACUUCCAGCAUCUGUGGAAUCUCCUGUAUCACUAAUAAUCAAUAAAGGGAAGAAAUAUCUGGCUUCUCAUAUUCCACACAAAAUCAAUGAGCAUUGAGAGAUUCUUGUGGAUUCAUCUCAAAUUCUGUGCUGCCAAUAAAUGUCAACAUAUAUUUCAUGAACCGUACAGUACGGCAGAGCAAUUUGCAUCUUCACAGCUCCAGCAGUCGAGGGUCAUUCUUGGAUUCUCACAAUGUAGACUUUGUACUUCCUCCCAGUGACCAUGAUGGUUUCCUCUGUGUGCUCCAUGGCCCAGAGAUACACUGUUAAGUUAAUGGGUUACUUCAGAUCAACUCUGGAGUGGGUCAAUGACAUAAUAAUAGACAGGCUUUUGAUGGGCAUGUGAGGGAGAAGAAGCAGAUAAGUUGUAUAGCACUAUGAAUCUCUGGGUAAAGGUGCUAGGUGCAGGUAGGCAACUUGGUCGGCAUGGAAAAGUUGGACCAAAGUGCUUGAUCCCAUGUUGUGUAAGUCUGUGAAUCUCCUUAUGACUCUAAACUGCAGGGCUAUAGGGGGAGGAGAGAUGGGAUUGCUGUGCUAAGAGUUAAUAUGAACCUGAUAGGCUGAAUGGCCUUUUGUUUAAUAAUAAGGGAAUAAGAAUGAUGCAUGUGGCUUUCAAAUAGUUUAUGUGGACUAUUGAGUGAUCCCACCAGUUUGCCAGAUGUGCUGGUUGUUGGCACAAUGAUGGUAGAUGCUGGUACAAUAA